CUAGAUAAGAAGCUAAUAAACGAAAAUAAAAAAUCUGUUUUUCCUGUGCACAAGUUAUAUCAUUAAUAAUGUGCAAGGGAAGUGUUUCGUUAGUUUGUUCUGUUUUUGUGUUAAUUGUGCAAAUACAAAAUGCCGAAUUUCGCGCAUACGAAGAGAUUGCAGUUGUUGAACCAGAAAUUGCAGCUGCAAUCACAGCAAAUCACGAUAAGCGUAAAAAUGCACGUUCGAUGAUUUGCUAUUGCGAUGGCAGCUGCCCGAACAAUGCAAGCAACGGUACUUGCGAGACACGACCAGGUGGCAGUUGUUUCAGCGCCGUCGAAGAGGUAUACGAUGAGACAACGGGCACAUAUGAGGAGGAGCGCACCUUUGGCUGCAUGCCUCCCGAGGAUAAUGGCGGACUGUUAAUGUGCAAAGUGUCAGUAAUGCCCUAUUUACAUGGCAAGAACAUUGCCUGCUGUGACGAGAAGGACUUGUGCAAUCGUAACCUGCAGCCAGAUUUCAUGCCUAAGCUGACGACCCCACCACCCGAACUGCCCGUUAGCCAACAAUCCAUUCAUGUAGUCCUGGCCAUCAUUGUGAUCGUCGGCGUGUUUAUUGUGUUUUUCGUCGUAUUGUGCGUGGUCUUCAAGCGUCGCAGCAAGCUACGCAAACAACCACGUUUGAUCAACUCCAUGUGCAACUCUCAGAUAUCGCAGCUGGUCGAGCAAAGCUCAGGGUCUGGUUCAGGUCUUCCGCUCCUGGUGCAACGCACCAUUGCCAAGCAGAUUCAAAUGGUGCGCCUUGUUGGCAAGGGACGCUACGGCGAGGUGUGGCUGGCCAAAUGGCGUGAUGAACGAGUCGCUGUUAAGACCUUCUUCACCACCGAGGAGGCGUCCUGGUUUCGUGAAACGGAAAUCUAUCAAACUGUGCUAAUGCGACACGAGAAUAUUUUGGGCUUCAUUGCAGCUGAUAUCAAGGGAAAUGGCAGCUGGACACAGAUGCUAUUGAUCACCGACUACCACGAAAUGGGCAGUCUACACGAUUAUCUCUCCACAUCGGUGAUCAAUCCACAAAAGCUCCAGCUGCUCGCCUACUCCCUGGCUUCCGGCUUGGCCCAUUUGCACGAUGAAAUCUUUGGCACACCGGGUAAACCGGCCAUAGCCCAUCGCGAUAUCAAGAGCAAGAAUAUAUUGGUGAAACGGAAUGGACAAUGCGCUAUAGCUGAUUUCGGAUUGGCUGUUAAGUACAUCUCGGAACUAGAUGAGAUACACAUUGCACAGAAUACGCGCGUCGGCACACGUCGCUACAUGGCGCCAGAGGUACUCGACCAGACGCUGAAUCCACAACAAUUCGAGGAGUUCAAACGUGCUGACAUGUACUCUGUGGGUCUUGUUCUCUGGGAAAUCGCCAGACGUUGCUAUACGCCCAUAUCGGGCACCAAAACAACUUCUUGCGAGGAUUAUGCCUUGCCAUAUCAUGAUGUGGUGCCUUCAGAUCCCACAUUUGAUGAUAUGCAUGCCGUUGUCUGCGUAAAAGGUUAUCGACCGCCCAUACCGAUGCGCUGGCAGGAGGAUGACGUACUAGCCAGCGUCGCGAAGAUUAUGCAGGAAUGCUGGCACCCGAAUCCAACGGUGCGUUUAACAGCGUUGCGUGUUAAGAAAACACUUGGACGCCUCGAAGCAGACUGCCUUAUCGAUGUGCCUAUGAAAAUUGUUUAGGGGAACUACUACUAGAGAGCGAUCCCUAACUGAACUUUAUUUUGAUAUAUAUACAGUAUAUAUAUAGUUUUAUGUAUAGAUUAGUUUUGCUAGCUGCAUAUUGCAUUUAUAAAGCAGGAUUUUUUUUUGUUCGUUCGACAACUAGUUGAUAAGCCCUUUUUAAAAAACUUUGUGCCUACCAAUGACACAGGCCAACCAAGAAUGAGAAUAUAUAUGCUGCACCGAAACUAAUGUAAAGAUAGCUUAGACUUUCACAAGAUAAAAUAACAAGUAUAUUGACUUACAUUUGACGACCUAAAACAUGAUUGACUGUUGGCCUGUGUAAUUGAUCUUAACCUUAAGAUUCGUACUGAUUCGUAUGCUAGUUUAAGUAACAUUUGUUGUUUAGUUUAAUGUUAGUGUUAAGGUUCAAUUGGUUUGCAAAAUGCUUUAACUUUUCUUGGGAAAUCUUUUUUGAAAAAAAUUGAGUUUCAAAAUUAUUUUUGUGCCAGCUUACUUUUGAGGUAGAACUAUAUAAUAAACCUAGGCUAAGUUGAGCAAGCAGUGAAAUGCUAAAAAAAUAUAAAUAUACAU